CCUCCAUCCCACUCGAUUCCAUAACCAACAGCCCAACCCCCACCCAAAACCUGAGAAAAAAUGACCGACUUCUCAAUCACCACCCUCCCGACCCUAACAGCCCUCGUCCACCGCACCCCGCUUAACACCGACCCGACAACCAACCGUCCCGAUUUCCGCACCGCACAUCACGUCGGGACCGCUGCGCUGAAGCAGUUUGUUGCCGAGAAGGGGUUGAAAGAUGCGUUGGAUAGGAAAUACACAUCCAUCUCCAUCAUCCCGACCGACCCAACCCCGGUCUUCGAACCCGGCCACCUCCUCCAAGCGGGCGGAAUCGCCACCGUGCGAUCCCUCCUGCCCUCCACCGCCCCCGUCACAGGCCUGAUGCUACGCACGAUCGAAGCGGGCGAAUGGGCGCGCCAGGUGCAUAGGGGCCCGCUGGAGGGGUUGGCGGCAAGUUGGGAGAAGGGUUGUGGGACAGUGAAGGAGGAGGGAUGGGUGGUUGAUGCGGGACGGGUGAAGUGGGAGGGGUAUGUUGAGGGUGGGCAGGUGGUGGAGAUCUUCUUGCCUGUUAGGAGGGGUUAGAUUUGGCUACGUGUAUAGGACGUUGACUUUCUGUAUGCCAGUGGUAUUUGUUUGCAUAUUCUUUUCCCAUUCUUUCUCCCUUGUUUUUCGUAAGUUUGUUGCAGAGUGGUCCGUACGCUCAUUGCGCUCUCUCUCUCUCUCCCUCUGUGGAUGUGCCAGUGGGCAGUCUGACAUAUCAGGGCACUUCCACCGUUGCGACGGGCGGAAAUCCGGGCAAAAUUGUUUGCCCUCGUGUUUAGCCCAAGAAUUUAGCCUCAGGGCCAAGCAUGUCCACCGUGUCCAACUGGCAACGCGCUCAACCCCAUCGCCGCGUACAAAAACGUGGUCAUAGUGUAGACAUAAAAGGCCCCUCCACAUCCAUAAAAAAGGUACCCUGGGGGAUUUCCCCCCAGGGCUUUCUCCACAUUUCUCCACAAGUCUCAUUUCUCCACAAGUCUUUCGAUC